ACCGAGCUGUUCCGCCAUCUCUUCCAGGCUAUGGAAGUCAACAACACGACCGCCGAAACCCUGUACAACGGCACGAGCGGAGACCUGCUGGCUUCGAACUACAGCCUCGCUCCCAACACUCCCAUCAAUCAGAAUGUCAGCCUGCAUCAGGCCUCUCUGGGUAGCUGCUCGCAGGACUUCUCCCUCUUCAACUCGGAAAUCGAAAGCCUAGACGAAGCCAUGCUGGACGAGAUCAGCUUGAUGGACUUGGCCAUCGAAGAAGGUUUCAACCCGGUGCAGGCCUCGCAGCUGGAAGAGGAGUUCGACUCCGACUCGGGUCUUUCUCUGGAUUCUGGCCACAGUCCCGCUUCUCUGAGCAGCUCCGAAGCCUCCUCCUCGUCCUCCUCUUCCUCCUCGUCCUCUUCCUCCUCCUCGUUUUCCGAGGAAGGAGCUGUCGGCUACAGCUCAGACUCUGAAAACGUGGACUUUGAAGAAGCGGAAGGGGCGGUUGGAUACCAGCCAGAGUACAGCAAGUUCUGCCGCAUGAGCUACCAGGACCCGUCGCAACUUCAUUACUUGCCUUACCUGGAGCACGUUGGCCACAACCACACCUACAACAUGGCACCGGGGGCCCUGGACCCCGAGGAGCCCAAACUGCCCAGCGCGGGCAAGAAGAGCGGCAAGGAGAAACCCUCCGAGUCCCUGGAAAAGCAGAUGAGCAGGGACGAGCAUCGAGCCAGGGCCAUGAAGAUCCCCUUCACCAACGACAAGAUCAUCAACCUGCCCGUGGAGGAGUUCAACGAGCUCCUCUCCAAGUACCAGCUGAGCGAGGCGCAGCUCAGCCUCAUCCGCGAGAAGCUCGACACCAUCCUCAACUUGGAACGGGACGUCGAGGACUUGCAACGAGACAAGUCCAAACUGCUCAGGGAGAAGGUGGAAUUCCUCAAAUCCAUCCGCCAGAUGAAACAAAAGGUGCAGAACCUCUACCAAGAAGUGUUUGGGCGCCUGCGGGACGAGAACGGGCAGCCCUACUCGCCCCGCCAGUACGCCCUGCAGUACGCCAGCGACG